AUACUGGUUUUCAGGCAGGAUGGGAUGGAAGGAAGUGUGCUUGUAGCGGAUCCUCCUUUAUCGCCGCCAUGAGUCGCGGCUCGGGAGCAGGGUACGACCGUCACAUCACCAUCUUCUCGCCCGAAGGCCGCCUCUAUCAAGUUGAAUAUGCUUUCAAGGCUGUCAAGUCUGUUGGAGUGACCUCCAUUGCGGUUCGAGGCAAGGAUUCAGUGUGCUUCGUGACUCAAAAGAAGGUCCCUGACAAGCUGACAGACGAGACCAGCGUCACGAACCUGUACCCAGUCACCAAGGGCAUUGGCAUGCUGGCGACAGGCCUCACAGCCGACGCGAGAUCGCUGGUGCUGAGGGCCCGCCACGAGGCGGCAGAGUUCCGAUUCAAGCUGGGAUAUGACGUGCCUGUGGACUACCUGGCGAGAAGAUUGGCGGACAUGGCUCAGGUGUACACGCAGCAGGCGUACAUGCGACCUCUUGGCGUGGCCACCAUGCUGAUCGGCAUUGAUGACGAGUUUGGCCCCAUGCUGUACAAGUGUGAUCCAGCUGGCUACUACGUUGGUUACAAGGCCACAGGAGCGGGAGCCAAGGAGCAGGAGGCGAUAAACUUCCUGGAGAAGAAGCUGAAGGAUGGGAAGCACCAGAACCUGACAUCAGACGAGGCAGUGCAGCUGGCAAUCUCAGCGCUGCAAGGCGUGCUGUCGGAAGACAUGAAGGCAACAGAGUUCGAGGUGGGGUUGGUGGAGGCCAAGGAAGAGACGGCCUUCAGAACGCUCUCUGUGGAUGAGAUUGAAGCGCAUCUGACGGCCAUUAGUGAACGCGACUAA